AAUAUACUUCAUAAGAGUAAACCGAGUAAACUGAUAGUAAUUUAAUGUUUCUAUCAAUAACCUCUUGGUAUUUUCUUGAUACCUACCGUAAAUUGUUGGCAAACAAAACUAGACGUUUUAUGAGUGCAGUAUAAUUAUUUAUCUAUAUUUUUAAUGUUGUUUAAAAUAUCGUGAUACAAAAUCAAUAUAACGUUAAAAUGGAAUCAAAAGUAGAUCGGAUAAGCCGAAAAUGUCGAUUAUGUCUUGCCACAGGGAAGGCAUCCAAAUCGACUAUAAACGACGAGACAUUCCGCAUCAAAUUGAAUGCUGUAUGCAACGUUUUGUUUGCAACAAACGAUCAGCUCCCAUCAAAAGUAUGCGCAAAGUGUUUCAUAAAAAUUACUGACUUCCAUGAGUUUGUAGAACUCGUACGUUGCAACCAGGAACAACUGCUAUCGACGAUUGCACCCCCGGAGGUCAAGGAAGAAGAGGAUAUUACUGUGAAUAAUGAAAUAUUCGUAGAAGUCGAUGUAAAGGUGGACGUAAAAGAAGAAGAAUCUUCUGGAGAUGAAAAAUUCGAAACGAUACAUUCCGUGGAGGAGGAAAAUGUUAGGGCGGAGGCGGAUGACGUGAAAAUCCAGGAUAAUGACGAAGAAGAGGCCGGUGAUGAUGAUGACGUCAAAUCCGAGUCUUCAUCUCCACGUACAGUAGAGCCUGAGCUACCUACAGAAAAUGAUCGAUUGAUUUUGGAAUAUUUUACACUAAAUUGUGAUACGUGCUCAAUUGUGUUCGAAACAUUCAAGCAGCUUAAGAUGCAUAGCAAGAAAAAGCACGCUCGCAAACCGACGCUCCAAUGUGUUAAAUGCAGCAAAAGCUUCCAAUAUAAAUUUAAACUUCUACAUCACAUCAAACUCCACCUAAGACCCUGCAAAUGCGAAAUCUGUGGCAAAGGAUUUGCCGAUCAACAAGCCGUACGAGUUCAUCACUCCAAUAAGCACUCUACCGACGUGGAUAAACCGUUCAAAUGCGAAAAAUGUCCACAAUCAUUUCAAAGAGAAAAUUCUCUCAAAUCCCAUCUCAAACUGCACGACCGAGUGGAUUGCCCAAUUUGUAAGAAGAAUCUUUCGAACGUCUACAACCUGAAAAGUCACAUGUCCAUCAUGCACAGCAAAGAAGAGUGCCAGUUCAUAUGCGACGUAUGUGGCAAAGAGUUCAAAUCCCGCGGCGCGAUGGACUCUCACAGUGUGGUGCACAAGGAACUGACCCGCGAGGACGGAGCCCGGUGCGAGAUUUGUCAAACCUGGAUCAGCAGAAAGAACAGGCUUCGUCGCCACAUGAUCGAAAUACAUGAAUCGAAAGAAGCCGAAUGCGACGUUUGCCACAAGACGUAUCCCAACAUGAAGGCGAUGGUCAACCACAGGCGCAACAUCCACAGUGGGCUAACGUUCGAAUGCGAGAUCUGUGGCAAGCAGUUCAAGAGGGGCAUCAACUUGAAGGAACACCGGGCAGCGGCGCAUACGGGGGAGAAGCUUUAUUCGUGCGAGUUCUGCGGCAUGGAAAUGAAUUCGAACGCGAAUCUGUAUCAGCACCGAAAGAGCAAACAUCCGCUGGAAUGGAUGGAGGCUAAGCAAAAGGCAGCUAGGUUAAUCGAUUAGAAAAAACACUUUAUAAUCUAUAGAUACUACGUAAUAAAAUAUUAUUGAUGAAAGAACUGCA